AUGAAUCUUCCCGAAUGCCUGCCAGAUCUCCAUGAACGAGGUGAGUGUCAAGUUGGCUUCGACUGCUGGGACAUGCUCGUGGUUGUACCAACCAGGCAGGCUAUAGCAGCACAGAGCAGCAAGGACGUUCCCAGCCACCGCGAGACUCUUCUUUGUAGCUACAAAACAUUUGGGCGCGUAUGCUGUGAAAGAUGGUGGAUGAUGAAGAUGGAGCGGACUGAUGUUUCGAUCGCCAUUGUCAGCGUGAGAGGAAUCGUUGGUCAGAUACAUACCCAGAUUUCCAGGUCCAGAGAGAGUCAGAGUCAGAGUCAGAGUCAGAGAGUCGCCGUCAUUGCCACCGCCGCUGCCGUCGCGAGAUCAACCACAAGAGAAGGGAAAGGGGAGGAUACAUACCCAGCACCAGCCGCCGCCAUCCGAGCCAUGACGCUCGGAGGCGACGGCGGAGGCGUUGGUGCCGUCGGAAGUCCUUCUGACGGCAUGUUGGUCAUGUCGUCAAUAUAUGUGCGGGCCAAAGCUCACUCACGCCUCAGCAUUCGUCGGAGCAGCUCCAUUAUGACUGGUAUGUGCUGGGCUGACCGAGAAGCACAGCAGGCUCACCAAGUACCACACCUCUCCAGGCUUAGUUCGGUAUCAUACUCGAGCAGCGCACCAGACGCAAACAGUGAGACGAGCGCAGACGCUAAGCUGGAGACUGCCAAUGGGCGUCUCCGAGAGCGAAGAAUGCUUUGGAUGACCCGCGAAUCUGUCUUGGCUGCUCGAGCCCCAUUGCAAUGCCAAUGGUUCAAGAGCCCAAUCUCUACUGUGCGCGCUCUCGCAAAAAUGCUACUCCGGUCCUGGCCACGCGGUACCUCCGACUAUCCGGAAUUCGGUACUGAUCCUCUCCCUGAGGCAAUCCACAAGAGCGUAGAUAUCUUUGAGGAUGUUGUCUGCUCACGCGCUGCAAUUGUUUCGCAGAAGCUCAUCGCGGAGUACAAACCUGGAUGCCACAAUCACCCAUUGCAAAGUGUAUUGAACCGAGAAGCUGUGGGUCCUUACUGGUUCCAGGAGUUGAGAAAGAGCUCAAGUUUUGGAGAUUUUACUGUUCUGCAUGGAUUUCAUCUACUCAAGGGACUGCCAGACCGGGGAAACUCCCCAAUGCUCCUCGCUCAGCAGGAAUUCUGCGAUUCACACGCCCAGACAUGGCGCAGCAGCAAACUUCGAACACCUCUUUCGCUUGCGAAUACAAAUGCCCUGGAUGAGUACGUCUUUUGGAUCUUCCAUAUACUCACUCAAGCAGAAAUCUAUACGCCCAGACUCCAGCAGUACAAAUUCACAAAGCGAUUAAAUGCAAUUCACCUACAACAAGCGCCUUCACUUCCCAGCCUGUUCUGGACUCUACUCCUCACACAUCUUCACACCGCGCCAACCAAGAUCACACUUGACUUAAGAUCACAACCACCGACGCAUUGA